AAAGACACAAAAGUUUUAAUAGACAAUAAAGAAGGUUCUAAGAUCUCUGUUCUUAGAUCUGUAGUAGGAAAAGCUAUUGCUCAUCUACUUUUAGGAAAAACUAAAAUUAAUCUUUCAGUAACCUAUAUAAAGUUUGUAUCAAAUAUGAAUAUAAAUGAAAAUAAUGAACCUGUAGAGGCUGAAGG